AUGGGUAAUUGUGUUGGUGGAUUUAAGAAUCAUAGGAGAAAGUUACAGCACCACAAAAAAAUUAGGAAAAUACGAAUUUGUACUUUGGGCAUUGAUGGUGCAGGAAAAUCAACUGCUAUAUGUGCAUUAGCUUCAGGUGAAAUAAAUGAUAUUUUGCCUACGAAUGGUUUCUCGCUACAAGAAUUUAAAUAUCGAAAAGCUGAAAUUAUCACAUAUGAUUUGGGUGGUGAUGAACGAAUACGUUCGAUAUGGAAAAAUUAUUAUCCUGAGGUAUUUGGUGUAAUUUAUGUAAUUGAUGGAAGUGCAAGAGAUCGUAUCGAAGAGAGUGGUCAAUUGUUGAAGGAUGCAAUUAGUGAUAAAGAUUUGAAUAAUAAACCAUUUUUGGUAAUUUUAAAUAAAAAAGAUCGGGAAAGAUGUAUCGAUGAAAUUCAGCUCUCGGAUCGGUUUAAUCUGCAUAAUUUAGCAAAUCGAUAUCAGACGCAAAUUCGAGUGGAAAUUUGUCAAUUAAACAUUGGUAGUGGAAAAAUGAUGGAUGAAACGCUUAAAGAUGGCUUCGAAUGGUUAUUGGAACAAAUUUACUACAAUUAUGAUGAAUUAGAGAAACGAGUAAAUGAAGCAUUGAAAAAGUAUAAACGUCAACAAAAUGAGGAACGAAUAAGGCGUCAACAUCAUUUAGCUGCAUCAGUAAGCAGUUCAACUACUUCCGAGGAGCAAGUAAAUAAUGCAGGUACAAUAGCACCAGCGGAAGCGGUAAAAACAGCAAAAUAUAAUGCGGAACGAAUAGAUGAAAAUGCACUCAUUAAUCAUCAUUCAACAACAAUUGCACCAUCUCAAAAAGCCAAAAAUAUCAAUCAAAUAGUUAAUUCGGAAAGUGAAAAUGAAAAUGAAAGAAGUAAAUGGAAAAGGUAUCUACGAAAUAUGAUCGCUCCAACGGAUAAUUUACCUUUUUCAUCUUUUGAUUCAGCAAAGAUGAAAUAUCCGCAAAUAUUUGAAGUAAAAACAUCACUGCCAUCAUUGAAUGUUUCAAAGAAAACAACGAGCGUACAAACGGAUGAAACAUUCAUUAUGAAUGGAGACUUACAAUCGACGUCAAAACCUACCCGUAUUACUCAGCUUGUGCCGCUAACAGUUGUACCAAAGGAACGACGAAAGCGUCCCACCCAACCACUUCGUAGGAGGACUGAUUCGAUUUAA